AUGUCAGACAAAUACUUCUCCCACAAGGGGAUUCCUCUCCCCACAGAGAGCUACUCGGAGGAAGGACUCAGUUAUGUGGAAAACGAAUUCCGAAUCCUAGAUGACGAUAUCAUUAAUGUCACUUACCCCAAAUCAGGUACCAACUGGAUGUCGCAAAUCUUGAGUUUGAUCCAGCAUAAUGGGGACAGCACAUGGGCCUGCAGUGAGCCAGUGUGGGACCGGGUACCUUGGAUUGAAACUACUACUGGUCUGGAGCAAGCUUUGAAAUAUCCUCCACCUAGGCUCCUGGCUUCACACCUGCCAUUCCAGCUUUUCCCCAAGUCUUUCAUUCAUUCCAAAGCCAAGAUUAUAUUCACUAUGCGCCAUCCGAAGGAUGUGAUAAUCUCUUUAUACCACUUUUCCAAAAUCAUGAAAACAUUGAAGGAGCCUGGAACUUUAGAAGAAUUCCUAGAGGAGUUCCUGGGAGGGAACGUGGUGUAUGGUUCCUGGUUUGACCAUGUGAAAGGCUGGAUGAAGCUGAAGGGCAGAGACAACUUCUUCUCGGUCACUUAUGAAGAGCUGCAGCAGGACCUGAGAGGCUGCGUGGAGAAGAUCUGCCGCUUCCUAGGGAAGGAGCUCACGAGUCAGCAAAUCGACUCUGUGGUUGAAAACUCCUCCUUCCAGAAGAUGAAGGACAACAAGAUGUGCAAUUUCACACUACUACCAGACACCGUCAUGGAUCACCAGAAGGGACCGUUCUUGAGGAAAGGAAUCUGUGGGGACUGGAAGAAUCACCUGACGCCGAAGCAAGAAGAACACUUUGACCGUGUUUAUCGGGAGAAGAUGCAGGAUAUGAGCGUGGCCUUCCCGUGGGACUGA